AUGUAUGACAGCGUCGGCGUCGGGUCGGCCGUGGCGCCCUGCGCGGCGGCGGUCAGCGAGGAGAGGGGAGAAAUCGGAGCGCACAGCGCUGCUGGACCCCCGGCGGCCGGCAACGGAGCAGCCAGCUCGCGGCGCGGUGGCGACGGUGGCGACACUGCCACCGCCUCCAUCGCCACCACUGCCGAGAUCCGCGGGCGGGGAGGGGUUCCCGGUGCCGAUGAGAAGAGAAUGAACUUGAAAGAUGCCGGAACAAGUGGAUCGCUUGCCUUCAAAGGUCUCAUGACAUGUCGAAAACUUGUAACUGCGCUGUGAAGAGCGGAGCACUUCAACCAUGGGUUUAUCCGCCUUGUACAAUCCCAGGCAACUUUCUCUCCAAAGGUAAAUGAUUUUUUUAGAAAAAGUUUGUGAUUUCGUAAAAUAAUGUUUCAAACAUUUCAUCGGAGAAGUUGCUUUUGAAGUUUGAUAUUUGGCAUAAUUCUAUUGAGUUUCAUCAUAAAUCGUUAGCUACGUCUACUGUACAUUAUUUUGUAGUUUUUAUACUUGCAUUGCUUAACCACUAAACAUAUUACCGUCGUAAUUCGCUGUUGCUUACUGGUAUCUUUUCAACACGCAUGACGGAGAGUAAUUUCUGUGAGUGGGUGCCGUAGUGUAAUAAUUGUUAAACUAAUGACAUUC